CUAUCUUCCUACAAAGCUGGGUUUCAUUGCCUAUCCAUUCGUCGAAAUACCCAUGGCAUCCAGCAUCACAAUGUCGUCUCUGCCUAAUGGCACACAUGUCAACGGCACCUCAAAGCCACUGCAUCCAGGAAGAAGCAUGGCAGAUUGGGGGUCUCCACUUCCCACACGCAAGCUUUCUCCCCAUGAAGACGUCAAAUUUUCCGCUGAAUUGCAGCCUCGCGCUCAUCGUAUGGUUGAAACACCACAUGACUCGAAGAUACUGUUCCUAAAUGUUAAAAUCCUUGAUUCAACUGGAGCCGACCCCUACACUGGCGACGUUUAUGUUCAAGGAGAGCGCAUUCGCUAUGUUGGAACUGUUCCUGAAGUUGAAAAGUUACAGAAUGAUCCCAGUGUCGGAGUUAUUCAAGGUAACGGCCGGACAUUGAUGUCUGGCCUGGGGGAUGCUCACACUCACUUGACGUGGAAUGGGUCUGCUCUUGACAAUUUAGGGGAGAUCGGCGUGGAGGAACAUACCAUCACGACUGCUCGGUCAGCCAUGACGUAUUUAGAUUCGGGGUACACCAUGUGUUACGGUGCCGCUUCAGCAAAGGACCGCCUGGACUGCGUUAUCCGCGACGCCAUCAAUCAAGGAAGCAUCCCAGGUCCUCGUUACCUGGCCAAUGGAAAAGAGAUUGCUCGAAGAGGGGGAGAACUCACUCCAGGAAUUACUGCUUUUGCAGAUGGCCCUCUGGAGAUGCGCGAAGUUAUCCGGCAUCAUGCUAAGCUUGGCGUGGAUCAAAUAAAAUUGAGCAUGUCGGGAGAAGAGAUUUUGGAGGCUCGCGCCGCUGAAGAAUGCUUCUUCGACGAACUUGAGACAGCUGCAUGCGUUGAUGAGGCACACCGUCGCGGACUACGAGUUUGUUCUCACGCCCGAGCUCGAGAUUCGAUUGCUCAGUGCGUAAAAUAUGGCGUGGACAUAAUUUAUCACGGCAGCUACAUUGACGAGCCUACCAUGGACGAGUUGGAGAAGAAUAAGAAGCAUCAUGUCGUUGCUCCUGCCCUUAAUUGGCUUUAUGCGACAACCUAUGAAGCUGGCCCUUUUGGUUACUCAUUCGACAAAGCUGAAAAAGCUGGCUAUAAGAAAGAGUUGGACAUUGCUAUCAGGGCAUGCAAAGAAAUGCACGAGAGAGGAAUUACUGUUCUCCCAGGAGGAGAUUAUGGUUUUGCUUGGACGCCUCAUGGUACUUAUGCGCGAGACCUGGAACACUUCGUCAAGUUGCUCGAUUUUACUCCGAUGGAAGCAAUCAUCGCAGCCACCGCUGGAGUUGGUAAGCUCUUCAUGCAAGAGCAUGAGUUGGGAAAAAUUCAGCCUGGCUUUUAUGCAGACAUGAUCCUCGUUGAUGGCAAUCCUUUGGAGGAUAUUACCAUCUUUCAGGACCACACAAAACUAAAUGUCAUCAUGAUAAAUGGCAGAAUCCACAAAGCCUCUCCCAAAGACUUCAGUUUUCAGAGCUCUCCCUCCCGUGCACCCGAGCCGACUUCAAAGCCGAAGAAGAAAUUCCACAACUAUGUUGCCUACCUUGAUGAGCAGAAACGUGCUCGUGUUGGCCACUUGGACAUUGACAGCUCUAUGAUUACGCCUUUGGUGAUGCUUUCUGGGGCUCCGGUCACCUCUCUUUACGAGGUGAUUGAAUUAGAGAAUGCCGUUGUCGAGUAUGGUGACAAGCUGCCUAUUUCCAGCGUCACUAUAAGAGCUCCUAUUAGCGACCGAGAUAUCCUGGCCGUUGGUAAGAAUUAUUUUGACCAUGCUAUCGAGUUCAACCGCAGCGGAUACGACUCUAGCGACAAGACCGAUCAGCCCACUCAUCCGGUCAUCUUCACAAAGCGAUCUACGAGUAUCGUUGCUCACGGGGACCCAAUUUUCCCACAUCCCGGAUUCACUGGUACUCUAGACUAUGAGGGCGAGAUUGGUGUUAUCAUCGGCAAACCCGGGUUUCAAGUUAAAGAAAAGGAUGCCAUGGACUAUGUGUGGGGAUUUACAAUUAUCAACGACGUGACAGCUCGUGAAAAGCAGAGAGACCACAAGCAGUUUUAUAUUGGAAAGUCACCAGAUACAUUCUGUCCUAUGGGCCCGGUUGCAGUUCCAGCAAGCGACCUCCCCAAUACCCUUCGAAUACAAACCUUCGUCAAUGGAGAAAAGCGCCAGGAAGCUACAACAGAUGACCUCAUUUUCUCUGUUGCAAAACUCGUCAAAACGAUAUCCGAAUCAAGCACCAUUCGACCCGGAGAUAUCAUCGCUACUGGCACUCCUGCUGGGGUCGGAUUUGGCCAGAACCCUCCUAAGUUCCUCAAGCCCGGAGACAAAGUUGAAGUAUCCGUCACCGGACUUGGCUGUCUUCAAAACACCAUUGGGAGUCCUACGUCAGAGAACGCUGUUGUCAAACAAGUUUCUUUGCAAACCCACCUUGCCACACUCAACCUUGAGAAUACAGUCGGUGGAUCAGGACUGACGAAGCUUGGUAAGAAGCAAGUUAACGUCCACAAGAUUGGAAACGGCCCAAAGGUUGCAGUCUUCGUUCAUGGUCUUGGUGCAUCAAGCGAAUACUUCACACCCAUUAUCAAACACGUGGGCUUUGAAGACCGUUACACAAGCUACAUAUAUGAUCUCGAAGGCCAUGGAUUAACGCCCUCAAAUAUUGCAUCGGUUGUCAACCUUGAUAGCUUUGCUGAGGAUCUGGCUAAUGUCGUCGACUUUACCGGAGCCACAACUGUUACUGUUUUCGCUCAUUCUCUGGGUUGCCUGAUAGCGAUGGCUUUCGCCGCUCGCAACUGCGGCAAGAUUGACCGAAUGAUCCUAAUGGGACCACCCCCCUGCCCUCUGCCAGAACAAAGUAAAGUCGCUAUGACAAAGCGCGCAGCUGCGGUUCGAGAGAAAGGCAUGAUGGGCUCCGGAACCGCUGAUGCUGUCGGUAAUGCCGGGACAUCUAGCACUACUAAGAUAUAUCAGCCUGUUGCUUACGCAGCUGUUCGCGCGUCUCUUCUAGCAACUCAUCCAGAGGGUUAUGCCAAGGCCUGCAUGGCACUCGCUGGAAUUUCCUCGUCGAUAGAACUUGAAAGACUCACAAUGCCCAUCCUACUCAUGACAGGUGAUGAAGACAAAACAUCACCAGUUGCAGUGGUGAAAAAUCUUCAUGAGAAGCUUCCGGGAUCACAUAUGGAAGUCCUUCCUUGCACUGGGCAUUGGCAUGUCUAUGAAAAUGCAGACGCUGUAAAUCGACACAUCAGGACCUUCGCUUGACUAGAGGAUAGUCAGGCUGAGCCCCUUUUCGCAGAGUCUGAGAAAUAUCAAGACUCGAGGCAGCCGAGUAGCUCAAAGCCUGACAGUGAUAGAAGUCUCUUGAACACACUUUCUUUCAUUGUACUGAUUUCCCUUUGCCUUGUCCUGCCUGUUUUCUUCUUUUGCCUCGUUUUCUUCUAACCAUGUCAUUUAUCUCGUCUAUCCCUUUUCAGUUCCAGGAAUUCCUCGUUCUUCAUGUCUUAAAAUGCGCUCGCCAUCGUCUUGUUCUUGUUGUUGUUAUUUGAAAUGAUCCAACUAUUCUAUAGGACCAACCUAUAGAAUUUCAAGCGUUCUUCCAGCUUUGUUCAUCACUUUAAGGUCAAGGGUGAACUAAGGCGCUAAGACAUGGAAUAAUAAGAUAUUUGAUUGACUAUCUUCUCAACUGUUCAAUGAAGACAGUAGUUUCGAGAAACAGUAGCUCGGAAGUUAUAAGGA